GUUAAAAAAAGGGCCAAGCAAAGUGUUUUACUGCCAGUGGAAUUUUAGUUUUUAUUUACCUGGAUAUUCACGUAAACAGCUAAUUUGUGACAAAAAUAAUAAUAUUAGUGUAGGGGUUUGCGUUGAGAAAUAAUCAACUAACAAUGUAAUGUGCAAAAAUCCAGAAAAUUAACUCGGCUACGUACUUCUAAGUGAUAUGGAAUGGAAAGCAUUAGUCAUGAAAUACUUCAGUGUAAUUAUUGUUUUAUACUUUUCUAUAAGUAAAUGCCAAGCCUUAAUCACUGAUAAGUUAGAAUCGCACGCAUUACUAAAGGCUAAUUCCACAUCAGAGCAGAAAGUAUGGAACAUAAAACUAGACAUUUACUUUUCGAAACCUCUUCCACCAGUGAACAGAAAACCCAUUGGUUCAGAUGUGCGGUUUAAAUGCGAGGCAAUUAUGAAUUUUACGAAAGUUGAAAAGCAUACAAAAAACAAGGAAGGCAUAGAGACCUUGUUGAAGGAAUCUCCCCCUGAUUAUAUCCAACAAACACUCAUGAAAAAUGUUAAAUUUUACUGGUUAAAAGAUAAUCAGGUGAUAGGAGACAACCACAAAGUAAAAGCAUCCACAAAGAUUGAUAUGGCUAAUGGCACAAUUGGUUCCAAUUUAAGGAUUAAAAACAUUGAUAGUUCUGAUGAAGGGAAUUAUACUUGUGUCAUAAAACAAAGCUAUGAGAAGUAUCAGAGCACUUUCCUGAAGGUAGUAAAAAGUUCUGAAGUUACAGAAAAAUCUGAAAUUCCGACAUACCCAUCUUUAUUUGCAAAUAAUGAACUAGAGGUUACUGUGAAGACGACACCUGAUUUGAUUUCCGAAGACAUGAAGUCUCAAAGUAAUGAUGGAAGUACAACCAAUAAUAAUUUUACAGAACCUCGAAAGCUAGAACCUAUUUGUCAGGAGUAUACCGGCAUUGUGUGUGCUACUCACCUCAAAGGUCAGUUUGUUUACAUACCUUAUGACACCACUCAGGCUGCCCUUGAAGACAAACUAUUGAAAGCAAUUCGAGUCACACAAUAUUCAAACGACAUUAGCUCACAAUGUGAAGGCUAUGCUCUGCCCAGUCUUUGCUACUCUACAUUCCCAAUAUGCAGAGAUCCUUUUGAGACUAACAAAAACUUUUUUGAGGAAGCUAAAUUUCUUUUUGACUUUCUGUCUACAACAUCUGCACCAUCAAAUGAAGGUGAUAUACCUGACAUAGUGUUUAGUCAUUUGCCCCAAGGCUACAUGCCACAUUUAAAUAAUAAGUUGAGUAAGAAUAUUACACUGGGAUUGUUGAAUUAUCGUAAUAAUUCAACAGUGUUGAGAAGGGUCUGUAAACAAGAUUGUGAAAUUUUAGAAAAUGAGCUAUGCCAAACUGAGUAUGCUAUAGCCAAGAGACACCCACACAUAGGCCAACAGCUGACUCUUGAAGAAUGCCAAGACUUGCCUGAAGAAGACUCAGAAUGCCUUAAAAUUGGCAUUGGCCCUGUGAUGGUGUCUGAUGAUGAAUGUUAUUGGGAGAAUGGAAGUGGUUAUUUAGGCAGAGUUAAUGUAGCCAGCAGUGGCUUGGCUUGCAUUGAGUGGUCUAAACAGUUACAUGUGAGAGUGUCAGAUUACCCAGAGCUCUCAGGGCUCCACAGCUACUGCAGAAACCCUGGAGGAAUCAAGUCACAGCCCUGGUGUAUCAUUGAAAAAGAUGGAAAGACAGAAAAACAACUUUGUGAUAUCAACAAAUGUGCACAUAAAAUUUGGAUUUAUAUUGUUGUAAUUUUUCUACUUUUGACUGUUUCUAUUGUUGGCUUUAUUAUCUGUCUUUGCUAUAAACAUAAGAAUAAGGGCAGUGCAGCUACAAUUAGAGAUAUAAACUUGCCAAAUGCUGAUAAAAAUAUUUAUGGCAACUCUAGACUCAAUUCGCCUAUUGAAAUGAAUGAAUUGUUAACUAACCAAAACUUAAACAAUCAGCCACAUUUAACUAGAAACACACGAGGAAAUGGUGUCCUGCGUAUUCCACAGUAUUCACUAUCUCAAAUUAAGUUCUUAGAAGAGCUUGGUGAAGGAGCAUUUGGGAAAGUUUACAAAGGUGCUCUUAAAAAGAAUGGAGAUACUCAGUAUGUUGCAGUGAAAGCUUUGAAAGAAAAUGCAUCUGCUAAAACACAGGCUGAUUUUAGGAGGGAAAUAGAUUUGAUAUCUGAAUUAACUCAUGACAAUAUAGUUUGCAUUGUUGGAGUAGCUCUCCGUGAAGAGCCUCUGUGUAUGCUGUUUGAAUUCAUGGCAAGAGGUGACUUGCAUGAGUUCCUGAUGGGCCGGGCACCUCCCUCGGGUAAAGGCUUGCCUCCAAUGAGGUUGUUGAACAUAGCUAAUAACAUUGCAUCUGGCAUGCAGUACCUGGCUUCACAUCACUAUGUACACAGAGAUCUAGCUGCCAGAAACUGUUUGGUUUCUGAUGAUUUUGUAGUUAAAAUAUCAGAUUUCGGACUUUCAAGAGACAUCUACAGUUCAGAUUAUUAUCGCGUCCAAUCAAAAAGUUUGUUGCCUGUUCGUUGGAUGCCACCAGAAUCUAUACUGUAUGGUAAAUUCACUACAGAGAGUGAUAUAUGGUCCUAUGGUGUUGUUUUGUGGGAAAUCUACAGCUAUGGACUUCAGCCUUAUUAUGGGUACAGCAACCAGGAAGUGAUCGCGAUGGUGCGCGGCGGCGAGCUGCUGGCCGCGCCGGCCGCCUGCCCCGCGCCCAUGUAUGCGCUCAUGCGAGACUGCUGGAAGCACACGCCGCAAAGAAGGCCUAACUUUGAGGAGAUUGUCCAUAGAAUCCAAGAGUGGAUCCAAAUGGGUGGAUGUCCCGACACGGUGGCUCCGGAGCCUGGCAGCAGCGCGUGCGCGCACCGCGCCUCGGGCUCCAGCCGCGACCUGCAGGAGAAGGUGCCGCUGCUGCCGCCGCACUGCUCCUCGUCCAACGGCUCGCUGGCCACGGGCAGCCUCAAGAAGUUCAGCGCCGCCGGCUCCAGCUCCAAGGUCACCGACGACGCUCGCUCCACCUCUAGCGAGGUCCCGCCCCUCGCUCCCAAAACGAAGAAACACAGCUCAAGCUCGCUCAUUGACACCGACAAAAUCGGCACCAGGGACACCGUCGUCAGGAUACCCAACACACAGUUCGGCAAUGAGAUAUAGUCCGUCGACUUCAACGAAAUUGUGAGUGGUCGUCCCGUAUUUAUUUUAAAAACUCAACUUUGUUACAUGAUUGUGCAUGAUGUUUUAUAAUAAUAUUGUGUAUGUGUGGUGUACCUGCGAAUGCUAGUAUUACUUUUGUUUGUCUAUUUUGUAAAUAUAGUAUCGAUUAACAAUAUUAUAAUGAUCUACUCAAUUACCGGGCCAAUCGUAAAUGAGUAAAGAAUGGUCUAUCUAGCUUAAUUGACUUGACUUUACCUUUUAGUACAUAUUUCGUUUGGCCCAGGCUGGGACUGUAUAUCUUUGUUGUUGAUCGAAAAAAGCGUUAGGUACUCAUUACUUUUUCACUAUGUAAGUGUUGUCUGUUUCCUGUUUAAUUAUUAAUAUGAAUUUAAUUUAUCACAAAUAAACUGGCAACUUUGCAUCCUUAGGUAAUUAUUUGUUUACAUGUGGAAUGUAUUUGAGUGAGGCUGUUGAUCUCAAAAUUUUAUUUAUUAUUAUGAUUUCAAACACAUUUAAUUUAUACGAAACUAAUUUUAUAAGAAUUAUGUUUAGUUACUAACUUUAGUGUAACUUUUUUGGAGAUAUUACCUAAAUUAUCAAAAACGAAAUGAGGUUAGUGUAAUUUUUGACAUAUGAAGUUUAUUAUAUUUAAUUAGAACAUAAUAUUUAUAAGCUUUCGGUAAGUUAUGAAUAAAUGGCAAAUCACAUUUUGGAGCCCUAUCAGCGUUGCCAGUUUUUUUUUCGCCAAGUCGGGACUUUGGUACUUUUUGAGUGAAAAUAGCGGGACUCUUCCGUCAGAAGCGGGACAUAGUAAAAAAAACGUAUAUAAUCAAAGGUUUUCAAAUAUUUAUCUUUUUAUUUGACUUAAAAUUACGUUUGACAAUAUAUAGCAAAAGUAGCCAUAGAAAAUGUAUUUUAACAAAAAAUAAUAUUUUAAAUCAGAUUUACUCUAUCGUUAAACUCUUCUUUAGAAUAAAAAAAGAAUAAAAUUAAAAAUGUUUUAUUCUUUAGAAUAAUAUGGCGUUUCAAACAAUAGUUUGGUGAAGUGAGUGUCUCUCUCCGAAAAGCGGGACCGAGCCUGUCCCGCGCGGGACAUUUAAAUUUGAUUUAAAAAUCGGGACGUCUGGCAACGCUGAGCCCUAUAGACCACAAGUUGGACUUAAAAGUUGUCGUAAAAUUUUAGGGCUUUCUAAAACUAAACAAAGUUUCAUACUAGUAAAAUAAGUUGAAUUAUUUCUUCAUUACCCUUCAUUAUUUAUUAUUAAUAAAUUCUAGACAAUUUGUGCUAAAUGCAAAAUAAUAAUGAUGUUCAAAUAAUUUGUAAAUUAGUCAAACAUUUGUUUUAAUAGAAAGUUCUAUUGGCGACGACAUAAAAUGAGACUGACUUAAAUAACCUAGUAUGCAGUAUUUAAAAUUUUCAUUCAGGACCAGUACCUAAAAAUUCCGGACCAAUUCGCAAAAGGGCGUUUUGUGCUUCAUUUUUAUGACAUUCAAUUAACGGGACUAUUCCCACCGCUGCAACUCUUGUGUAACCAGGAUAUCUAAGCUUGACCGCCAAUAAAAACCCAACCAGUAAAGGUCAAGUUUGUCCCGGAGAACAGUUAAAUUGUCAUUGGACCCGUAACGAAAUUAAUCAGAAGAAUAUGUCUCCCACACUAGCGUUUUUCGACCGUUGUCUUGCCAGCGCCUGCACAGCGUUGACGGCAAUGUUAAGCUGCGUGGCGGCGGAGUAAGGGGGUUGCGUUACGCGACCGAAAAAAACAGCAUUGACGCUACACGUCAGCGCGUCGAAGACGCUGCGCGGGCGCUGGCAAGACUUCGCGCUCGAAACACCCCAUAAGAUCAAGGGCUAUC